AAGGGAUAUUUUCAAUGAGCUUCUUUCACGACCUCUGGCCGCCCUGAAUGGAAUAACUCACUUUUAAAGAACGUUGUCACUGUUGUACUUGGGAAAGUGACAAUUGUAACCCCUCACAAACAAGCUGAGAGUAACAGGUGAGCUUGCUGCCAGAGUUUGGAAUGGAGACAUUAGGGAGCAUUGAUGGAACAGAAGCUGAUUGCAACUCACCAACACUUGUCUUGCACCGGGCAAAGCUGCCAGCCAGUAUCAUCAUCUCUACAGUCCUGUUCAUAGCUGAAACUGUAGCUGGUGGUGUGCUAUGUGCCUCAUACAGCCGCUGGGACGAUUCAUAUUGGUUAGGACUAACCAUCACCUUCAUGCUGGUACCAUCUGUGUUGAUUCAGUUUACAUUCAUCUUAAUCCAUCGGGAACUGGGGGCAAGGAGGACAUUUGUACUGCUGCUUCAUCUGCUGCAGUUGGGACAUAUCAUCAGAUGUAUAGAAGCCAUUGUAGUAUUCUGCAAGUCUGGGAAACAUGAAGAGCCAUAUGUCAGCAUUACAAAGAAAAAAAAACUCUGCCACGGUCAGUCAAGUGAAUUUGAAAAAGAAGUGGAUCACUCAACGAGGAAGUUGCGUAUCCAUCGCAAUGCCUUUCAUCGGACGACUGUUAUUCAAGCAUUCAUGGGUUCCACGCCCCAGCUAGUCCUUCAGCUGUAUGCUAGCGUAAUUGAGAACUACAUUCCACCUGCACGAGUUGCUCUGAUGGUGUUGUCGUUGAUAUCAGUCACGUACGGAGCCUUGGUUUGUAACGUCCUCUCCAUCCAGAUCAAGUAUGAUGACUACAAGAUCCGGCUGAGACCAAUCGCUUACAUUUGCAUCAUCCUCUGGCGGACCUUGGAAAUUGCCACCAGAGUCACCGUGUUGGUGCUUUUCAGCACUGCUUUGAAGGAGUGGAUCUUCGCAGUGCUGUCCUUUGACUUCUUCAUCCUUUUCUUUCUUCCUUGGGUGGAGUUCUGGUGUGGCCACUCGCCUUUCCCUGAAAACAUCGAGAAGAGCUACAAACGGUUUGGCACAACUAUAGUACUGUUGCUUAUUUCCUUCCUCUACGCUGGAAUUAAUGUGUUCUGCUGGUCGGCAGUCCAACUAUUGCUCAGCGAUCGUGAUUUAAUCAGCAAGAAACAGAACUGGGUCAGGCUCUUUAUCUAUUAUUCUCUACGGUUCAUGGAAAAUGCGGUGCUCCUACUUUUAUGGUAUUUUUUCAAGACCGAAGUGCAUGAAUACUUUUGCGCCCCUUUGGUAGUGGUCCAACUAAUAAUUUCCUACGGUCUGGCCCUCGUCUUCAUGCUCCUCUUCUACCAAUACUGUCAUCCAUGCAGGCAACUUUUCACCCAUAACAUUGCCGAUUGCCUUGCAUGCAGAUGUUGUAGGGGCCCUCAUUUUGAGCCUGCAGUUCAGAAUUCAUAAUUUAAUAUUUUCAUUGUGACUUCAGGUUGGUGUGGUAAAUGUGCAAUUUUGUUACUUCUUUCAGUAUUACCUCUGUGAUAACGAUAAAAUACAUGUGAAUUGCGAACAGGCUGGUGAAUUUCACAUUGCUUUGUGAUGGUCAGUUUAAUGCUUGGGAAAUGCAUGCUACUGUAAAACUAUGACAGCUCAAAUAUUGCUUUCUAAAAUGCACAUUAAGUAAAGAAGAAUAAAGACUACUUUGAACUCCUCUUUCAAGAAGACCAGGAAUCAUUAUGCGAGCCGUUCUCUCUAUCAAGUCUAAGAAUGUCCAGCCGGAUAGACACAUCCUUUUAUGUAUAUAAAAAAAAAAGUCAUGGAACUUUGUCUAUUUUCGGUUAUCAAAGCUGGGUCUUAUUGAUCAUGUGAUUUCAUUGAACAUUGUUCUUAAAUUGAAAGUAGAAGAUGACCUUUUCCUCUGGGCCAUUUGUAUGAGGCAGCCCAUAUACCAGCUUUUGACUGCCAUGUCUGAAUCUUUCCCAAUGCUGAACCAAAAUUCUUUUGAAGAUGUGUUUGAAAGUAAAUUAUUUUUGAUUGUAAAAGCAGUUUAUAUUUUUCAUUUAUUAUUGUCUCUGUUUCUUUAAGCCAGUUUUUAUCUUCCAUUCUUUAAACCGUUCUACGUUGCAGUUUAUGUGGUUCCGUGUGAGCCAUGAUAAUGGAGUUGACCUGAAAUGGUUCAAUCACACUGUGGUUCAUCAGCUCACAUUUUCUAGUAGGAUUCUGUGAGGAUUUAUCCUAAAUACAAUAUAGCUGUCUACUCUAUAAUCAUUCAGCCCUGGAAUGUUGAGCCUAAAUAAAUGUUAUGUCAUACUCUGCACAUCUACCUCUCAACUUACAGAAACUGUUUUGGAUCAUAAAAAUGUUUUCCAUCUCAUUUGCGUUCAGAAAGAUAUCCCGUUUUUACAUGAAUCUAACACUUGUAUUUUCAAUUCUUUUUGCACAAGCAUUUGCCCAAAACUACUCAAUGUGGGUAUUGGCUUGCUGAUUUAUUAAAAAAAUAGUUGAAAACAAAUGUUUAAACUUGCUAUCAGAGGGAUUUGUGGGUUUGACCUGAAUCUGGCCUAUCACUCUCUUAAUUAUAGCUGAGGUCAGGAUAGCAGAAAAAUAACAUUUCAUAUAGCAGAGGUGUGUCAACAUUCAUGUUAACCAUGUGUUUAAAGAAGGAUUUGUGGAUCUUUCCCCGUUCUUGAAAAAAUUUUCUGGGUAUAAUCCUAUAUUUUUACUCCCAUGCAUAGCAAUCUUUGUUAUAAUUAACUCCGCCUACCUCCUUCAGUUUCCCGUUUGAUGGCA